AUGUUGACAACCGCGUUAAAUCAUCUCCGAAGGCACAAUGUGAUCCUCGCAUCUCAGAGUCCUCGUCGCAUGGAGCUUCUUCAUCAUUGCGGUCUUACUUUUGAGGUGAUCCCGUCCACUUUCGAAGAGAAUCUGCCCAAAGAACAAUUCCCGACACCUGAUCUUUAUGUGAUCGAGAAUGCCAAGCAAAAGGCGCUAGACGUUCUAAAGCGUGUCUCAAGGAACAAGAAUCGUGAUGACGAUCAUGCAUUAGUCGUAAUUGGAUGUGAUACCGUUGUGGUGCUGGACGGAGAGAUUCUUGAAAAGCCCAAGGAUGAGGACGAUGCUUUUAACAUGCUCAGUAAAUUGUCCGAUCGAUCCCAUGAAGUCUAUUCUGGAGUGGCUCUGUUCACUACUAAAAGAGGCAAUGACAACCCGCUUUUGUUUUUUGAAAAGACUCUUCUGGUGUUUGGUCGACUAGAACCAGAAGAUAUUCGUGCUUACAUUGCGACAGGAGAGCCAAUGGAUAAGGCGGGAUCUUAUGGAUUGCAAGGCAAGUAG